CAAAAUUGUGUUCUUCUAAUAUUCAGAAAUUGUACAUACUCUGAAUUUACAUAUUUAAAUUCGUUAAAUUAAUUCGUUUUACAUCUUGCCAUAAUUAUUUUGCGAAACAAAAAAACAACAUGAAUGGCUAAUAUCAAUAAUCGCAAUAAUAAGAAGAAACUUUUUUUUCUUCUAUUUUUCAACUUCUGUUGUCAAUUUAUUGUUACGUGAAAUAUUUGUUUCAUCGUUACCUCAGUUAUAAGUAGGUGGCGAUCUCUAACAGAAUGUAACGUAAACUGUAACUAGGGAAGCACAUGCGACGCGGCGCACGUCUCGCUUCAUCUAAAUAAAUACGAAGUGGAGGCGCCGCAUUCGCACACCUCGUGCGUGCUCGCUGGCGUUCGCUGUUUGUACGUGGCGCAAAUUCCCUCUUGAGCGAUAGGGCAAGGGUGGAAAAGCGAAAACCAAGGCGCGUUUCGUGUCUGUUUGUAUUUCGCGUCGCGUUUGCUCGAAAAGUGGCCAAACGACGGCGGUGUUGCGUGUGUCGCUGCGAAACGCACACAGAGAGGAUUAAUGUGCGCGAGACGGGCGUGUGAUACGCUCGUAGCGGCCGCAAAUGCGCGCGGUAGCCACCGUGGCGACGGCGCCAUCACCGCGUCCGUGGCAGGAAAAUGUCAAACGUCGGCUUGUCAUUCGACCAACUCGUGAACUGUGAGAACAGCGUCGACGCUGCUGCUAUUGCUGCUGCUGCUGCUGCUGCUGCCGCCGCCGCCGCCACCGCCACCACCGCCACCGGCGCUGUCAGAGGCGAUGGAAUAAGAGUGGGAGGAGGAGAAAGAAGUUGUGUAGGUGGUAGUGGUGGCAGUGUCUCUCUUUUGACUAGUGGUGUCAGUUUUUGCGGUGGUGGCAGUAAUAAUAUUGAUAGUGUUGGCAACAACGGUGUUAGCGCUGUUACCGGCGGCGCCGUCGGUGGCGCCUUGGAUGGCGUUCGCGACGUGACGUUGCUCGAUGCCCGCGGCACGACGCCAGUCAACUCCCGCCGCGAGACAGCAGUAUCACGCAUUUGCGGCGGCGAACGUCGCUGCCGCAUUUCCGUUGCCAACGCGUUAAUCUCGGCGAUAGACUCGACGACGCGUGCGUUCAACGGUAAUGGUAACGGUGGUGGUGACGAAAACACUGCCGUGACAACGGACUGCUCCGAGUUCACGUUGAACAGCGCCGGGACAACAAUUACGCCGGAUGCCGGUAGCAUCGACGUGAGAACAGUCGGCAGAAGCGGCACCAGCAGCAACGGAAACUGCAAUACUGCCGCCGUCGUUAUUGUUGACGCCGCAUCGCCGUUGUUUCUCGACAACGACGUCGCCGUCGCUGCCGACGACGACGAGGACGACAAGGACGACCAUCGCCACUACCGCAAUCGCUUCAACAUGGUCGCGGCGAUGAACGAACAUCUGUCCAGUGCGACAAUAACGACGACGACGUCGUCAUCAUCACCACCGACAGCGGCAAACGCCGUCCGUAACACCGUCUCGAUGUCGUCGUCGUCGUCGUCGUCAUCGUCGUCCUCGGCGUCAUCGGCUAUGAUGACGGCAACCACCACAAUUGCCAGCAACAAUCCACUUGUAACGACGAUGACGAUAAGCAACGCGAUCACGGGAAUGAGUAACACAACCAUCGGAAGCAGUAUCAGCAGCAGCAGCAGCAGCAGCAACAGUAACAACAAUAACAACAGCAGCAGUAGCAGCAACAACAACGGCAACAGCUACGGUAAUGCGCGCAAUCAAGAAUUUCAAGAAGUAGACGGCGAUGAUAGCAAGACGACCACCGGCGUCGGCAUUCUUAGUUUUUCUUGCGAGUUUGAUCAUAUGUACGCCAGUAUGACGGAUGGUGGAGCACCGGCUGCCGCCACGGCCACCGUGGCCACAGCUCUCGGGGUUAGCCCGUUGCGCGGCAACGAGCCCCGGCAAAAUGAUCUCACUGAGGUUAAGCACUUGAAGGAGUUGCUACUGCUACACCUGGACCUCAUCCAGCAACAGUCAGAGCAGAUUGUCACCAAGGACAAGCUACUCGCCGCAUUGCGCCAGGAAAACGAGACGCUAAAACUGCGCUUAGAGCGUAUGGAAAGGCGUGUGAGCCUUCAAAAAUUGAGGUCUGAAGGCAGCGAGAAUUCUACUAGUUCAGAGCAUCUAGGCACCUGCUCGCCUACCAGUGUCAAUUCGGUAAAUGUACCAUCGACCAGCGAGUUACACAGGAAUGUUCAGUGCGAUAACAGCAACACGUUGCACGAGACUUUUAAGAUACGUCUAAACACUAGCGGUGGUAUCACAACUGUCAAGCAGGAGCCACUCGAUAAUCAAAUUAAGAUUGAAGUGAAACAAGAGCCUAACGAAGCAAGAUUUGAAUGGGAAGAAAAAAAGAAGAGACGAUCCGAUCCAACCUCAGUGUCUACAGGUAGUAAAAAGAAAAGAGGAAUAUCCUGCUCCUCUGCUGUUAGUACUGAUGGUAUACAGGAUAAAGUGUUAUGUCCGACUUUGAACGAGACCAGUAGGAAGAGUGAUAGGAAGAAAUCUCUUGUGAAGAAAGAAUCUUUUCUUACGACGGAAGAGCAUUAUUAUACUGCUGUAGGAGAUCCAAGUUAUACAUUAAAUCUGAAACAGUCCAGUCCGGUAGAAACAAGUAGUUGCCUAGAAGUUCCAAAUUGGAGAAUAAAAGUGUACACGAGUUGUUAUACGAUGGAAGGAACUGAGAACUUGGAUGAUGAGAUUUUUAACAAGAGACAUUUGAAGUUGGAAAAUGAUGAGAGGAGAAGAAAACGAUGGGAUGUACAAAGGAUAAGGGAACAAAGGCAUAUAGAGAAGUUAAAACAAAGGCAAGAACGUCAAAAUCAUCAAGCCACAUGUUAUAAUACCAAUCAUACCGGUCCUUGUCCCUCGUCCAUGGAAGAAGAAACUAUAACGUCCCUGUGGCCUGACAUAGAACAAAUUCAAAGUCUUCAAGUGGAUUUUCAUUUGCCAGUAACUGCAUUUGGCGCUCCUAUUCCUAGUUUUACUUCAAGUGAAUUUUCUUUACCCUGGUCGAAUACAAUGCGAAUAAAAUGUCGACGUCCUAAACGUUCAACAGGUAGAAGAAAAGCUACAGGUAGAAGAAAAGUCUAGGGAAUGUAAAAUUUUUAUAAAAGUGAACAGAACUGAUUUUAUCAGUAUCGUCGGUUUUAAACUCUUGAAAAUACGAUUGCUCCCUCUCACGCCAUAUUUGAAUCAGCGUUCUUUAUUACUGCGCGAAAAUAGGGGCACCAAAGAUAUUUUUAUUAACUUUUUAAACAUCAAUGUAGUAUACAUAGUUUAUCUAUUUUUUCUACAUUUUUGUCGGUUAAGCAAAUUCAUCGUCAAUAUUUGUUUGAUACAUCUAUUCUACAUUUUGUACUCGGUGUUGGUCAUUUUAUUCAUGUAACUAUAAAUAUGUAUUACACACAAUAUAACGAAACGAUAGAGAGAUCAGUGAUAUAUAUCAAACAUUUUUCAACUCCAGGCCAGAUUUUGUGUUUGAUUUCGGUGAGUUGGCAAUACUGAUAUUUGCAAAACUUUUUUUACAAUUAUAUAAAUUUAUAUUAAUUUUAUAAUUUAAUGUAUUUUUUACUAUUGUAAAAACACUAAUGACACACACUUGAUGAAAAAAAUGUGUUGUAAAACAAUGUUACUUAACGGAAGAAUAUAAUCGAUUUUUAAAU